GGAACUGAACCCGCGUUCAUUUUCCUUAAGAGCCAAGAAAAUGACCAAAGAUUUCUAAAAAAAUUUGAUUUAAAUUCAUACGUUGAUCUUUUCUUGUUCAAGAAUCUUGAACAAGAAUGGCAGGGAGGUAUGGUUCUUCCGGCGGAGUUGCAUCGACGACGAUGAACGUAACUAAUACGCCGGCGAAAGAUCUUGCUUACACCAAUUGUGGAUAUUGUUCUCCUACAGAUCUCAGAAAUUUUCUUGUUCCGGGAUCUAAGUUCGCUUAUGCACUCAUCGCCGAUGCUUUUGUUCUCACUCUUGCUGCCCACGACGCCAUUCCUAAUGGUCAACUUGGUCUUAAUGCGAUUCAAAGACGUUAUGCCAAAGUUUCCACUGGAGACGCUAUAUCUGUUAGCAGAUUUGUUCCACCUGAGGACUUCAACCUUGCUUUACUUACCCUUGACUUGGAGUUUGUGAAAAAAGGGACCAAAGAGGAGCAGGUGGAUGCAGUUUCUUUAGCUAAUCAAGUUCGCAAGAGAUUUGCCAAGCAGAUUAUGACAACUGGGCAAAAGGUGACAUUAGAGUAUCAUGGCAAUGGUUAUAUAGUCACUGUGAAUCAAGCUACUGUGGAGGGGCAAGAAAAAUCUAAUGUUGAAAGAGGGAUGGUUUCAGCUGACACAUACAUUAUAUUUGAAGCCGCAAACUCCAGUGGAAUAAAGAUUGUCAACCAGCGUGAAGCUGCUAGCAGCAGCAUCUUUAGGCAGAAAGAAUUCAAUCUUGAAUCAUUGGGUAUAGGUGGUCUGGGUGCAGAGUUUUCUGAUAUUUUUCGAAGAGCUUUUGCUUCCAGGGUUUUCCCUCCCCAUGUGACGAGCAAGCUUGGUAUCAAGCAUGUUAAGGGAAUGCUUCUCCAUGGACCUCCUGGUACAGGGAAGACUCUAAUGGCUCGGCAGAUUGGCAAAAUGCUAAAUGGCAAGGAACCUAAGAUUGUCAAUGGACCUGAAGUGUUAAGCAAGUUUGUCGGUGAAACUGAAAAAAAUGUGAGGGAUUUGUUUGCUGAUGCUGAGCAAGACCAAAAAACCAAAGGUGACCAAAGUGAACUGCAUGUUAUCAUUUUUGAUGAGAUUGAUGCAAUCUGUAAGUCUAGAGGAUCAACUAGAGAUGGAACUGGUGUGCAUGAUAGCAUUGUUAACCAGCUCCUAACCAAGAUAGAUGGGGUGGAAUCUCUGAAUAAUGUUUUGCUCAUUGGAAUGACAAAUAGGAAAGAUCUGCUUGACGAAGCACUUAUGAGGCCAGGACGACUAGAAGUCCAAGUGGAGAUAAGCCUUCCUGAUGAAAAUGGUCGACUACAAAUUCUCCAGAUUCAUACAAAUAAGAUGAAAGAGAAUUCCUUUCUUUCUCCUGAUGUGAACUUGCAAGAACUUGCUGCACGGACAAAAAAUUAUAGUGGUGCUGAGCUUGAAGGUGUAGUCAAAAGUGCAGUAUCCUAUGCAUUGAACAGGCAACUAAGCAUGGAUGAUCUUACCAAACCAGUGGAUGAGGAGAGUAUAAAAGUCACUAUGGAUGACUUUUUGUAUGCUAUUAAUGAAGUAAGACCUGCAUUUGGUGCUUCCACUGAUGACCUUGAACGGUGCAGACUUAAUGGCAUUGUGGAUUGUGGUGAACGACAUCAACACAUUUACAGAAGAACUAUGCUACUGGCAGAACAAGUUAAAGUCAGCAGGGGGAGCCCCCUUAUUACAUGUCUUCUGGAAGGCCCAAGUGGAAGUGGCAAGACUGCAAUGGCAGCAACAGUGGGAAUUGAAAGUGAUUUUCCCUAUGUCAAGAUAAUUUCUGCUGAAACUAUGAUUGGGCUCAGUGAAAGCAGCAAAUGUUCUCAGAUAGUCAAGGUAUUUGAGGAUGCAUACAAGUCACCACUUAGUAUAGUUGUCCUUGAUGGGAUUGAAAGACUUCUGGAAUAUGUUCCAAUUGGCCCUCGAUUUUCAAAUUUGAUUUCUCAAACGCUGAUGGUGCUCCUUAAACGGCUUCCUCCUAAGGGUAAAAAGAUUCUUGUGAUUGGAACUACUAGUGAAUCCGGUUUCUUGGACUCAGUUGGCCUUUGUGAUGCCUUCUCAGUCACAUACCAUGUUCCAACACUAAAGACAGAAGAUGCCAAGAAGGUGUUGCAACAACUUGAUGUCUUUGCAAGCGAUGACGUUGAUUCUGCUGCUGAGGCCUUAAAUGAUAUGCCCAUCAAGAAACUAUACAUGGUUGUUGAAAUGGCUGCUCAGGGUGAACAUGGUGGGACAGCAGAAGCCAUCUAUUCUGGGAAAGAAAAGAUCAAUAUCGCACAUUUCUAUGAUUGCCUUCAAGAUAUUGUUCGAUAUUGAGUGUGUGGUCUCGAGUAAUUUAAGUAGGAACCGUGGUUUUCCUGUGAGUCCUUUACAUCUUACACACCCGUUGAUGGGGUUCUUCUAUUCACGAGUUAUUCAGAGGUAUUUAUUGGUGAUUUACGGAAGUAUUUGUUAGAGCUCAUUCAAAACUUACAUUCGCUUUCUAAUAUCUGCUACUCUCCUUUUCUUUUCCUUUUGGUGUGCCAGUGUAUUGUAAUCUCUGUUGAGUUGAACAUUGCACCUAAUACGAAUAUUUUCCUGGUAAAGCAAUUAAUUGAUAUCGGUUGAACAUGUA